CCACUCACCAGAAACAUCACCGGGGAUGUCGUCUCCGGCUCCAGGAGUUUCUCCUGUCCCCAACAAUUCCACCUCUCCGCCUCCAGUAUCGAGCCUCACCUCUCCGCCUCCGCCUGACACAACCAACACAACUGUUUCUCAGGCAUCGCCUCCGACGAACUCGAGUGGUGCUCUAGUGCCACCUCCACCGGCAUCGCCAGCAGGAUCGACAACCCCGUCGACGCCGGUACUUUCGGCGUUGAUAGUAGGAGUAAUAUUAGGAGUGCUGGCAGGUGUGGGUAUUUCUGUUUAUGUGUACCGGAGGAAGAAGAGGAAGGAAGCGCAGAGAUUAUUGCUCAGUGGUCAACCUUCACAAGUGGCUAGCAAAGAUGAUGGCUUGCCACUGCAUUGGCAGCCCAAUAUGGCUCCUGCUGCGGACAAUAAAAUUAUGAUGUGGCCGAAGCCUGCUAUCCCCCAUGGAGCUCCGCCGAAUGACCAACUGCAACAGAUGCUUGGUAUUUAUGCUGAGCAACCUUCUACAAGCAGCAGCAUGGGCUCUGAUAAACAAGUUAAAUCACAUACUUCUGGAAUUUCUCUGGGAUAUUUACAGACUACUUUUACUUAUGAAGAACUAGCCAUGGCGACUGAUAAUUUCUCCAAUGCCAACCUCCUUGGUCAGGGUGGUUUUGGUUACGUUCAUAAGGGAAUCCUCGCAAAUGGUACAGUGGUUGCAAUUAAGCAGCUUAAAUCUGGGAGCGGGCAGGGAGAGCGUGAAUUUCAGGCAGAGAUUGAGAUUAUUAGCCGCGUACAUCACCGACAUCUUGUUUCGCUGGUUGGAUACUGCAUUACUGGAUCCCAAAGAAUGCUUGUUUACGAGUUUGUACCCAACUACACCUUGGAAUUUCAUUUGCAUGGAAAUGGGAAUCCGACCAUGAGCUGGUCAACAAGAAUGAGAAUCGCAGUUGGCUCAGCGAAAGGACUGACAUAUCUGCAUGAAGAUUGCCAGCCUAAAAUCAUACAUCGAGAUAUCAAGGCUGCCAAUAUUCUUAUUGAUCAGAGCUUCGAAGCAAAGGUUGCUGAUUUUGGACUUGCCAAAUAUUCUUUAGAUACGGAGACUCACGUCUCAACUCGAGUGAUGGGGACUUUUGGUUAUAUGGCCCCAGAGUAUGCCUCUUCUGGGAAGCUUACAGAGAAGUCAGAUGUCUAUUCCUUCGGUGUUGUGCUUCUAGAGUUGAUCAGUGGGCGUCGGCCUGUUGAUAGAACUCAAUCCUACAUUGAUGAUAGCAUAGUUGACUGGGCAAGGCCUUUGCUCAAACAAGCUUUGGAAGAUAGCAACUACGAUGCUGUUGUCGACCCAAAACUGCAGGACUAUGAUUCUAAUGAAAUGGCUCGAAUGAUUCAUUGUGCUGCCGCUUGUGUACGUCAUUUAGCACGGUUUCGACCGCGAAUGAGCCAGAUAGUUCGAGCUUUGGAAGGAAAUAUGCCUCUAGAUGAACUGAAUGACGGGAUCACUCCUGGUCUUAGCACAGUAUACAGUUCUGCUAGCUCAGGUUAUAGCACUCGGCAACAUGAGGAGGACAUGAAGAAAUUCAGGAAGUUAGCACUAGAAAGUCUUGAGCAUGAUAGCACAGUGAACCCACCAGCAAGUACAAGCAGCCAAGAAUGCAGUGGAUCCGCCGGUGAGUCUGAUCAGAACCCACUCAGCGCAAGCACAGAAGGCCAGCAAACUACACCAGAAAUGGAUUCACAAAGAACGAAGAACAUCAAAGAUACCCAGGAAAGGUCUUAACAGUUGAUUUCAUUCCUUGAUUUUCAAAGUUACGCCUACUUUGGACAAGUCACUGUUCCACGGUUGUAUUCACUACUGGACGUCCAGAAAAAAUCAGGUUGAUGAAUGAGAUUACAGAAGUUCAAAUUUCACAUGAACUGUUCACCGCUUGUGUACAAAAUCAAUUUUCACAUUAAUUUUGCAGCAGGGUUCAUUUAUCUGGGCAAGGCAAGGUUAAACUACUAGUAUUCUUUAUAUUUGCUUUCCCCUUUACAGUGCUUGUAUAUGCUUAGAAUAUCCAAGAUUCUGAUUGUAUACUCCUUUUGUAAUUUUUAUGGCAAAUUAAUUGAGUUUUAUUCUUUU